AUGCCUCACAAACACAGAAGAAAGGAUACCAAUGCCGACGACUUCAAUCUGCCUCCCACGGCCGUCGCAAAGGCUCUGCCUGUAGGAAAGAAUGCGCAGACCGUCUUCACAAACGACGGCAAAAAGAAAAGAAAGACCGAGAAGAAUGUAUACAAGUUCGACGACACACCGAAAGCCUUCGCGCGCUUGAUGCAGCGCCAGCAACCAAAAUCUACACCCGACGACGGCGAAUCAAAGACUGCCUCCAAGAAGCGCAAGCGCCAGGAAGAUAUCAAGGAAAAGGCCAAAGCAGCAAAAAUGGAAAUGCCCAAGAUUCAACCUGGCGAAAAGAUACGGGACUUCAAUGCUCGUGUGGAUCAAAUGUUGCCAGUGACUGGCCUAGCACGGAAAGGCAACCAAGGAUUAGCACCUGGCGAGAAGGUCACGCGGACAAAAACCGAGAAGAGAAUGCACAAGAUGUAUGACGAAUGGAGGAAAGAGGAUCAACGCAUCAAGGAAAAGGCCGAAGAAGAACGAGAGAAGCGCGAGGAAGAGGAGGAAGAACGUAAUGCGUUAUACGGAGAGGACUCCGGUGUGCCUACACUGUAUGGAAAGAAGCGUCAAAGGAUGAUUGGCGAGUCAAAAGACGACGACGACAUUUGGGCAGUUCUCAAGACGAAACGAGAGAAACCCAAAGGCUUGCAUGAUGUGGCACAGGCUCCUCCCGAGUUCACCGUCAUACCCAGAGAGAAGUUCAAGGUCAAGAAUGGAGCUAGAGCAGACGUGGCCGAUGUGCCGAAUGCUGCCGGUAGUUUGGCAAGGCGAGAGGAACUCGGCGCAGAGAGAAAGAACAUUAUCGAGCAGUAUCGCGCUCUGAUGAGAAAGGCCUCUGGAGAAUAG